GCCUACAAAACGAGCAAACACAGCAGCAAAGCAAGCGGCGGCACCAUGAGGACACGAGCUAUCGUGCUCGCCUACUCGCUGUUGGCAUCCGCGCUGCUGUGCCGGAGCGCCACGGCCUCGCCGGCGUUCAUCGCCGCUGGCAAGCUCGUCAUGGGCGGGGUGGAGUUACGCCGUCCCAUGACCAUAAUCGGUAACAUGACGGCGAAUCAGUCUGCACCACAGCAACUUUCGACGGCCGCGAGCGAUGAAAAUGGGAACGGGCUCUACCAGAACUGCUUCUCCUUGCUCCUAGAGAUGACUUCACCGCUGCACCGAGACCAUCCUCUUGUCGAACAAGGGAUAGUGCUCGAUCACUUGCUUGUGUUUUUGGUGCUCUUCGUGGUGUACAUCUUCCGCUGAUUUCGAAGCAGUUCCAAAUCUCCUCCAGAUUAAUUUCACUUAUAUGUAUCAUAUGCCCUGUGUACUAUUUAAUGUUUUGCACAAGCAGCAGAACUAAUAAGGGACUGCUAGGCGUCGCUCGAUGGAUCUUUCCGUCGCCUCACAAGCCGUUGGAUCUAGCGAGAUGAACAUGUUCUCUACUUUGCAACAAAGACUCUGUUGUAGAAAUAUUUAUAACAGAGAUUGUGUUGCAGAAUUUUUAUGCAA